UCAGAGCUUCAGAGGUUUCAGAGCGCGCGAAAUGGCGUCUGUUUUUCAUUUUAGUCGCUUAUGCCUACACAAGUUACAUUAUCCAGAACAGUCUAUGUUGAAAUUAGCCAUAGUUCCGUUUGGUACAUCGUGUAUUCUGCAUUUAGACCACAAGUGGAGGAUACAACGGAAAUUACCGGUGAAUCCAAAUAUGAGGGGAGUUCUAACAGACAAACCAGACUAUUCAUAUCUUGAUGGGAGACCGGCUGAAAUUGGCUUGGGUAUGAAACGGAGAAUGGAGAAAAACAUUGAAUAUGCAAAAAAAAUAUUGGCACUUACAAAGGAGAUUGACUUUGCUGUGGAGAGACACAAAGCACUGGAACAAGAGAAGGAGGAAGAGCGUCAAAGGAAACUUGACAGUAAACUGAAACGCAAAGGGCACCUUCUGUUACAAAAGAAAUGAGUGCAGCACUCCUGGAUUUAUUUACUGUUAGAAUUAAUUUUUUUAAAACAGCUGUGAACAUCAAUUGUACAGAGUUAUAUAAAAUGUAUAUGAAUAAAUAUUGUGCUUUGUGUAA